UGUGCGUCGUGACAUUGAGUGAGUGUCAGGGCGCGGCGGCACCGGUACGGCACGGCGCCAUGCAACAAGGGCGAGCAGCGAGGGCAGCAGACGAACGCCAGCGUGCGCGUGUCCGAUUUCUCCGCGGCCACUGUGUGUCGUCUGCACAGACGCUUCGCUUGGCUCACCGAGUCCGGAGUCGCGGCUAGACGAGGCACAUCUGCCUCGCAGCACAGGCAAGGGAAUGUCUUGCCAUGCGUGCUUGUCGUGGCGUCUCGGCUCUAUUCAGCGCUCCUGCUGACUUGCCCAACAGCUCGUACAAGACACGGCACGGCGCCGAGGAGGGCUCGCUGCUGUACGAGCGCGACCGCAUCUCCAACUCACACAGCAUGAUCGACGGCACCCUCGAUCAAGCAUACGCCACACGCGGCUCCCUCGCUGCCCAGCGUGGCGUGCUGCAGCAGACGACGGCGCGGCUGCGCUCCUCGGCGGCCCAGGUACCCGGGCUCAACACGCUCAUCACGCGCAUCAACCGCCGGCGAAGGCGCGAUAGCGUCAUCAUGGGCCUGCUUAUUGGCGCCUGUACGCUGCUGCUGCUGUGGUGGAUCUCACGGUAGGAAGGAGGAGGGUGAAAUGCAAACACAUAUACCUGC